AUGGGAAGACCUACGCACAUUGUUACUACCGACGCAUCCAGUCCACGCAGCACUGGCUUUGAGUCCAUUGUCGCGGGGGUCGUGUCUGGGUGCGUGACACGCUCGUGCACGUCGCCUUUGGACGUGCUCAAGAUUGUCAUUCAAGUCAAUGGCCCUACAGCUGCUUCCGUCUCUGCCCCGUCUACACUCAUGGCUGCACGUACAAUCGCAUCGCAGCCAUCAGCAUCUUCUGCUAUUGCACGCACAGUGCGUGAGUUGUACGCACUGGAUGGUGUGCGUGCCUUUUGGCGUGGCAAUAGCGCCGGCUGCUGCCGUCUUGGACCUUAUGCAGGUCUUAAAUUUUACCUCUUUGACUCUCUACAGACUCGAUUCGCUGCUAAAGAGGGACAUGAGCUCAGUAACUUGCAGCGUGCGUUGUGUGGCGCUGUUGCUGGACUUAUUGCUACCAUGGGAACGUAUCCCUUGGAAGUGGUACGAACUCGUAUGAUUUCUCAGACAACUGCUCCAGUUGCUGCUAAUAGCGAAAUUCGUGGAGUUUUACAAGGUGUUCAACUGAUCUUAAAGCGGGAAGGACUGCGUGGACUGUAUCGUGGUGGCUGGUCGGGUGUUGUUGGUGCAAUUCCAUUUGAGGGCGUGCAAUUUGGCUGCUACGAGUACAUGAAAUUGACAGCCGUUCACAACCAUUGGCCGGCUUAUCGUUGGCCUGAGGGUAAGACGGAGAUGGAUGGAUUGGACUAUUUUGUCUGUGGCAGUAUUGCCGGUGCUAUUGCCCAGACGGUGGCGUAUCCAUUUGAUACAGUAAAGAAACGUCUGCAAUCACAGCAAAAGCACGUAUCCAAAAUGGGCCCAUUAUCAGCCGAAGGAGGCAGUGCAUCGACGCUGUACUACCGUGGGAUGGUGGAUUGUUUUCGUAAAGUUAUCAGGGACGAAGGGCCAUUGGCACUGUAUCGUGGCACAAGUGCCAACCUGGCACGUAUUAUGCCGUAUGCUGCAGUCAUGUUUUCAACGUACGAAAUGACAAAGAAGACACUGCGUGUACUGAGUGUAAGUGGCCGCGAGUGA